AUGACGUGGAGUCGCUUCAGGGAGAUUUUCUUUGAGCGAUACUUUGGGAUCAAAGUUUCUGUAUCUGACGCAAGGGUCUAUGAUAGUGCAGCAGAGGUCUAUGAUAGUGCAGCAAGGGGCAUCACACAGAGAGCUAGUCCAUCUGGUAUGACGUGGGGCGGCUUCAAAGAGGUAAUUUUCGAGAGAUACUUUUCGGUCUCCACUCGAGAUUUGAAGGUCAAUGAGUUCUCGGGCCUGAAGCAGGGAACUCUGACGAUGCAGAGGUAUGCCGCCAAAUUUAUCAAGUUAUCUCGGUUUGCGCCAUACUUGGUCCUAAAUAAGUAUAAGAAGGCUCGGAGGAUUGAGAGGGGUCUGAAGAAAGACAUUCGCCGUCUCGUGGGGAUGCUACAGAUCCGUGAGUUGUCGAUCUUGGUGGAUAAAGCCACCAUAACUGAGACCGACCUUCAAGGUGAUGAGGUGGUGCAGGAACAUAGGAAGAGGCCAAUUUCUUCUAGUUCUCAGUCUGGUCCUCGGCAGGGACAGUGGAAGAAGAAGAAGAACUAUAGUUUGGGUUAUCAGCAGUCUACCGACUGGCAGAGUUCUCAGGGGGAUCAAUCCUCCGCCCCGUGCGCCAAGUGCCAUAAAAGGCACGAUGGGGAGCGUUAG